AUGAGCAUCUCCUCAAAAAACAGAAGCAAGAUCAUGAAUCUACUUGAUCCUGAUGAAUUCAGGCGUCAGGGACACAUGAUCAUAGACUUCCUAGCCGACUACUAUGAAAAUAUUGAAAAGUACCCGGUCGUCAGCCGAGUUGAGCCAGGAUAUCUUUCCAAAUGCCUCCCAGAUUCCGCUCCAUCCGAUCAAGAAUCUAUAGAAACCAUACUUCAUGAUAUAGAUCAGUACAUUGUGCCAGGUCUGACUCAUUGGCAAAGUCCCAACUUCUUCGCCUACUUCCAAACCGGUUUUAGCAUCCCGGGGAUGCUUGGCGAGAUGCUUUGCAGUGGGUUUAAUGUGGCAGGAUUCAACUGGUUCUCGUCCCCCGCCGCGACCGAGCUGGAGAGCCUAGUCAUGGACUGGCUAGGGAAAUUGCUCGAUUUGCCGACGUCAUUCCUUUUCUCAGGACACGGUGGGGGGGUCAUCCAAGGAAAUACUUGCGAGGCCAUUAUUUGCACCCUGACUUCUGCAAGAGAUAAGAUCCUGAGAAGAUUAGGACAGGAUUCUAUCACAAAGCUCGUCGUCUAUGGUUCGGACCAAACACAUUGUUCGUUCCAGAAAGCAGCUCGGAUCGUGGGAAUCGACCCGCAGAACUUCCGAACCAUAAAGACGACCUGGUCGACAUCGUUUGGCCUGUCACCAGACUCGCUAAGGAACGUAAUCUAUUCGGAUAUUGACAGGGGACUAAUUCCAUUAUACUUGUGCGCCACCGUCGGGACGACAGCGAUCACAGCGGUGGAUCCACUGACACCUCUAUGCAAGAUCGCUAACGAAUUUGGCAUGUGGGUUCAUGUAGAUGCUGCCUACGCAGGGGCAUCUUGCAUAUGCCCAGAGUACAGGAAACUCAUCAAUGGGGUUGAGCUUGCUGACUCAUUUAGCUUCAAUGCGCACAAGUGGUUAUUGACCCCUCUUGAUUGUUGCUGUCUCUGGCUAAAAGAUCCAAGUGCCCUAGUAAAGUCCCUAUCAACAGACCCAGAGUACCUCAAGAAUGAGGCAACCGAUUCAAAACAAGUGGUGGACUACAAAGAUUGGCAACUUUCUCUCAGCCGGAGGUUCAGGGCAUUGAAGUUGUGGCUUGUACUAAGAAGCUAUGGAGAACACAACCUGAGAAAUCACAUCAGGAACCACUGUGGAUUGGCAAAGUUUUUCGGGGAGCUCGUGGUGGAAGAUGGCCGAUUCGAAAUUGCUUUCCCUAGACAUUUCGCAAUGAUCUGCUUCAGGAUUCAUCCUUCUGCAGUAAUCGAUAACAUGACAAUUGGUCAUGUGCUUGAAAACAGACACGGUGAAGCGUGGAAGGCAGAAGAGGUGAACAGGCUUAAUGCACGGUUGCUUGAAGCUGUUAAUGCUUCAGGCCGGGCCUUCAUGACUCAUGCAUUGGUCGGAGGCAUCUAUGCCAUACGGUUCUGUGUCGGUGGCGCGCUGGUGACAGAGAGGCACGUAGCCAUGGCGUGGAAGGUGGUGCAAGAACAUGCGAACUCUGUGCUAGCUUCGGCGAGGCAUGCGAAGGAAUGAGAAAUAUUGCCCAAACCCCAUCCUUCCAUUUUGCCUGUGAUGUUUGCGUCUCGAUUUAGCAUUGUAACCGAGUCAAUUGUACUUGGCAAGGG